GGAUUCAGAGAUGGAAUUGUGCAGCUGAAGCUUCAAGGAUCCUGCUCAAGUUGCCCUAGCUCAGUUGUUACCCUAAAAAACGGGGUGCAAAACAUGCUUCAAUUUUACAUUCCUGAAGUGCAAGGAGUUGAGCAAGUAGAUGACGAACUAGACCGCGUAUCUAACGAACAGCUGAAAAAAAUGGAGUCUGGCGAACUGUUCAAGCAAGAAUGA